AUGACCAUAAAAAGUCGGCUUGAUGAUAAAGACGAAGGGACCAGCAAGAUGAGGAAUAUUAUUAUGAAAAUACGUAUAAUUGACGAGGAGCUGAGAGAAGCUUGUGCUACCGGAGAUGAAGCUAAAGCGCAGAUAUUGAUCGGGCAGGGAGCUAAUGUUAACUCUAGUAACAAGGUUAACGGAUGGACUGCUCUUCAUUGGGCAGCUUAUCGGGGUCACAGGGGUCUGGUAAUGUUCCUGCUGAACAAGGGAGCUGACCCCACUGUUCAGAACGUUAAAGGAGAGACUGUAAUGUCGCUGCUUGCUAAUUACAGCCUGGAUCUACUCGAGGGAAAUGAAGUUGAAGAAGGAAAGCAGUACCCUCUGCCCACUCAACAAGAAACUCUCAGCUCCCUCCCCAUCAUGCCCAACUACAUCAGGAACCCCAUGUUCCCUUACAACACCAAAAAAGACACCCACAGCAUGAUGACCCCAGUACCAGUCACCUCUCACCCUCCCCCGGGCCUACCUAAAGGAGCUCCCUCGGUCCUUCCAGCUCCAGUACCCCAACCUCCCAGACCCGUGUUGGUGCAGGUACCCCCACCCCAGGGCACUGGAGGGAGGAGUAACAGUGCUAGUCCUCAACUACCCUCCGCAAGCAAACCCUCUAAACAGGAGCAGCAGGAGGUGGAGGCAGACAGUAAACAAGGUAUAUGA